GGGCGGCGGCGGCUUCCGGCGGAGGGUGAUGCGGGCGGACAGCGGGUGCCAGUGAGGGAGGGCAGAUAACUGGCCUUGACUCAAAUGAACAUUGCAAGUCUUUCAGAGGAAAACAAAAGAAAGAACCUUUAAGAAGGAGUCAUCAAGGAGUCUAACGUGCGUCCUGCCCACUCCUGGAUUUGAGGUUGUCCAUCAUGAGCUCCAGCUCCACAGGCCUGGACCCACUCCACUUACUGCACACCCUGCAAGAGCUCUGGACAAAGAAGGAGAUUCAUGAGCUCCGAGAAGAAGCCGGGCGAGGAUUUGCUUCGCUGACUGACCCGCACGAAGGAGUCCUGGUUCUGCUGGAGAGCUGCCACAACUGGAGAAAGGGAAAGGCUCAGUCCCUGGGGUAUUACAUCAUCAGCGAGUUUGACAGAUGGAUAAAAGAGCACCCUCCCGUUCAGCAGCCCGCCGCCAGGCAGAAGAUGCUGCAUCCGAGAGUGUUCAGCCUAUUGUUAGAAGCUCCCAGUAAUUCUCUGGGUCUGCUGAUCAGCCUAUAUGAUCUGGAGAGCGCUGACCAAUCCUACCUGUUCGACCUGGUCACUUACAUGCGUCAGAAGGGCAAGUACAAGGAGGCUGUUUCACUGAGUAUCAAGAUGCGGUUGCAGCCUGCCCUCGAUGUGGAGGAGAUGUGUAUUCCGCUACUUCUUCAAGAUAAAACCAACCUGGUCGAAGCUUACGUGGCUGAUUAUCCAGACUUACAACGACAGCUAGUGCAGACACUCGAUUCGUGGUGUGAUUCAACGGUUAACAUUAGAGACAUCAGAAGGCGUUACGAAAGGGUGGUACAUAUAAGAUGGGAAAAAUUGAACCGCAAAGUCUUAAGUAAACUGGUGUUCAGAUUGUUGGAGCUCUAUGGCAUUGACCCAGCAAUCUGCCCAAAUGUAGUAAAUCAGCGUUACCUGGCAUCUGUCAAGUAUCUCUUACACAAAAGGUUUGUGGAGAAGAGUAUGUCCGAAGAGAAUUGGUCGGAACAUAUCCAGGCCACAAUAGGGCAGAACCGCUGGUUACAGGAGCAGCUUGUCAGCCUGCUAAUGAGGUACACAGACCUGGACACUGUCGCUCGCUGGGCCUUGUGGUUCAACGUCCCCCGAGAGAACCUGUCCUACAGUGUGGGCAAGCGGCUGAAGGAGCUGGAGAAAAAUAAUGUGACCGGUCCUGAGAGUGGUGAGGCUGUAGAGUCCUGGCAACUGAUCGAGAGCAGGAGACGCUGGUUUUACCAGCUGCCCAUCUCCACAGCGAACAUUCACUUCCUGCACAGUCUGGACCAGUUGAGGAGUUGUGCACCUUCUCUGCUAAAGGCUGGUGCUGUCCUCGGGAUCGACAUGGAGUGGAGGCCAACGUUUGGAGUGCUUAUGAAGUCUCGAGUGUCCAUAAUGCAGGUUGCGUUGAAGGACCGGGUGUACCUGAUGGACAUGCCACAGCUUGUGAACCAGGCUGAGACUGAGGGCCGUGAAGCUGAGCUCAUCCACUUCAUACACACGUUGUUCACUGAUCAAACAAUAACUAAGCUAGGUUACGGGACAGCAGGUGACCUGCGAAGCCUCAGCUCAGCCUAUCCCUUGUUUAAGGAUAUUAUGCACCAAACUGCUGGAAUGAUCGAUCUUCUGAUCAUCCAUAAAAAGCUGCAGAAAGUACCAGACAGAAGAGCCGGCGGGUCUAGAGAAGUGGACGUCGUGGCUUCGGGUCAGGAAGAUGUGGACCUUGUGACGAGGCAGUCGGAGAAGGGGCUCAGUCUUCUUGUGCGCCAUGUGCUGGGGAAACCGCUAGACAAAACAGAACAGUUAUCCAACUGGGAGAAGCGACCACUUCGACAAAACCAGAUUAUUUACGCAGCCAUCGAUGCGUACUGUUUACUGGAGGUUUAUGAAACCCUCCUGCGGGAGCCACAGCAGUUCGGCCUGAGCUACAGCCUAAACGACAGCCUCGUGGGGAAGUCAGAGAAGAGAUCAAAGGAACAGAAGCGAAAGAAAAAUAAGAACAAAGCUGGAAUCUCAGAACAGAGACAUGAGAGGACGUCGCUGCCUCUCCCGGAUGACACUGCGCCUCUUCUGGACCAGGUUCUGCCUGUGCCAGAAGAAGCAGACGCGCCAGCUUUCCUUCCUGUACCACCCUCAGAGUUCAGUGUCAUCUGUGACAGCAUGCUUCAAGGGCUGGGUCGCUAUCUGCGCUGUUUGGGAGUCGAUGUGAAGAUGCUGGAGAACGAAGAUGACCACCGGAAGGCGGCUGAGAUCGCUUGUGAAGAAGGGAGAGUUAUUCUGACCUGUGGUUUACCCUAUCAAGUGCUGCGAUCCCAGGUGGGUGAAGGCCGGUGUUUCUCUGUGAACUGCUCGGAUAAAGCCAAGGACCAGGCCAUCAAGGUGCUGAAACACUUCAACGUGCAGGUGACACCUGCGGACAUCUUCAGCCGCUGUCAGGUUUGCAAUGGGAACAGGUAUCUGAAGCUGCCCGUGGAUGAGAUGGCAAAAAUGAUGAAGCUGAAACCUGACCGAACUCGAGCAAGAAGUGCAGAUGCAAAAGGAGCGAGGCCAGGAAUGAGCUGUGAGGAGGCUGGAUCCCGGGACAUCUCUGCGCGGGCCCUGGAGGACAGCGGCCGUGGGCAGCCAGGACACUCAGCGUACAGACCAAACUGCCACUGGGUAGAGCGGUCCUGGCUGGACCCUGAGACCCUGCGGUUCACUAGCGGGGCCUCUCUGCAGGUGGGGGCCGUCCCCCCCGGCAUCCUGGACAAGGUUGACGUGUUUUACUGUUGCACCGGCUGCGGCAAAGUGUUCUGGGAGGGAUCGCACUUCGGCCGGGUGGUCUCCCAGUUCAAAGAAGUGCUGCACAUACCGGACGGGGCGACAUUUUACAACUUGUAGUGCGGCUG